UCACAUGGCACCAGGAAUCCCCAGGGCAGGAAGAAGAACUGAGCUGCUGCAUGGAGGUGAAAGAUAUUGCAGACAGAAUUGAAUGGUGGAGAAGGGAUGAUAUGCAAUGCAAGUUUGGACACACUGUGCUACUGUGCUGCGGCGAUUGAUGUAGGGCACUGUGGGAACCCUGGAGCUACUGUCUGGUACGGAGGAGACAGGAAGGACUGAGCAACACCAAGCACAACUGUGCAGAGGUGCAAAAAGUGCCCUUUGAUGUUUCAGGAAAUGCAGUAGCUGAUAAGAAUGUAAGGAACAAAUCCAGACCUUCUAGAUAUUAAAAAAAGUAAUUUCAGGUACAAUUAAAGGACCCUGGGUGGUUUCUCUUUCCCUGAACCAAGAUGAAUCAUCAUAUGGCACAAGACAUGGAAGAGGAGCCUGGAUCAUUAUUGAGCUUGGCUUCUAGUCCACAGAGUGAAGCUGUUGCUCAUGACUUCCAGGAAUUGUCCUUGCAAUCUGUGCAGCAAUUACCUCCUCUCAAGGAGCGGAAAAAUGUUCUUCAGCUGCGUCUUCAGCAAAGGCGGACAAGAGAACAACUUGUAGAUCAAGGCAUCAUGCCACCAUUAAAAAGUCCGGCUGCAUUUCAUGAGCAGAUUAAAAGCUUGGAACGUGCCAGGACUGAAAACUUUUUGAAACACAAGAUUCGCAGUCGGCCUGACCGCUCGGAGCUCGUGAGGAUGCACAUUUUAGAAGAGACCCUGGCAGAGCCCUCUUUGCAGGCCACUCAGCUGAAGCUCAAAAGGGCCAGACUAGCUGAUGAUCUCAAUGAGAAAAUUGCUCAGAGACCUGGUCCGCUGGAACUGGUGGAAAAGAACAUCUUACCAGUAGAUCUGAGUGUUAAAGAGGCAAUUACAGUCAGCCAAACAAACUUCCCUGAAAACCUGGACACCCUCUCAUUUGAUGAGGAUAGCAGUGAUGCUUUGUCACCAGAACAGCCAGCCAGUCAAGAGUCUCAAGGGUCAGCUGCUUCUCCUGGAGAGAUAAAAACAAGUGGCUCCUCUUCUCCUAUCUCCAACACUACUAUCCAGUGCCAAACUGUAAGUUCACCUCUUCCGGAUUUCUUUAAACCUUCGCCUACUGCUGACCUCACUACCCGAUCCCCUCUAUCCAGCAGUGUCUGCAAGCCUGGGCCAGCUCUCAUUAAGCAAACCCAGUCCAAGCAUGCUGAGAAACCCCGCAGUAAGAAGUCAAAGGAUCCUAAGCCACGGGUAAAGAAGUUGAAAUACCACCAGUAUAUACCACCAGACCAGAAAGGGGAGAAGGUUGAAGCUGAAAUGGACUCCAACUAUGCCCGUCUCCUGCAACAACAGCAGCUGUUCCUUCAACUGCAAAUACUGAGCCAACAGCAACAACACUACAACUUCCAGAAAAUCCUACCUGCACCACUAAAGUCACUGAAAAAACAAAACAGCAUAAACACAACCACCAGCAAUGUGAAUGCCAGUAUACCUUCCGUUCAGUGCAGCGUUAGCAGACAGAAUAGUGUUCCUUCUAAAAAAACAGGACCGCUGCCUUCCAACCUGGACGACAUGAAGGUUGCUGAACUGAAAAUGGAAUUGAAGUUAAGAGGGUUGCCUGUGUCUGGCACAAAAAUGGAUCUCAUUGAAAGAUUAAAGCCAUUCCAGGACUUUAGCAGUAAUGGUGUUGCCCCAAACAGUGGCAACAUAGUGACUAUCGCUACCACUGCCUGCAGUACUACAGAAGAUGCUACAGUAGUUUUUUCCACAUCUGCAUUAAUGAACUCCUGCAGCCCAACACCUAGUGUUUCUUCAGAUGCUUCUAUUCUUUCAGUUGGCAACAACCAAACAGCAUUAGAUGGCAUUAAUUCUCCCUUGCCCAUGUCCCCUGCACCUUCAGAACAGUCCAAUUUCAGCUCAGAAGACACUAACAUAACAGACACUUUUGCUGAAAUCAUGACAAUGAUGUCACCAUCCCAGUUCAUGAAUACAUCGCCUUUAAAAGUUAUUCUAAAUGAGGACAGCAUGGGAGCAACCAAUGGAAACACCACAAACAUGGAAUUGGAUGCGGUAGAGAAAGACAGAAAACUCCAGGAAAAAGAGAAACAAAUUGAGGACCUUAAGCGUAAGCUGGAACAAGAGCAAAAGUUGGUGGAAGUCCUAAAAAAGCAGUUGGAAUUGGAGAAACGUGGGCAACAACAGCAGCCAUGUCCUAAUGUCCUGCUAAAAGUGGAACCAAAGCAUUUCAACCUUCAGAUAAAAGAGGAGACUGCAGCACCUGACUGUCAAAACGCUAAGCAAUCUCUUGUAUCCAGUGGGCAAAUAAUAGGGCAACCAACUGCUGCUACCAUUUCCCAAAAUAUUAUUGCCAACAAUGCGUUAGUUAUUAAGCACGAAGUACCUUUAGCCAAAUCUGAUCAUCAGAAUGUUAUCCAACAGUUUUACGUGACUUCUCAGAGGCCUCCUCAGACUGCAGUGGUGGCACAGCCUCAGGCGUUGCUAGCCACACAAACGGCUCAACUUCUACUUCCAGUUUCCAUCAAAGCCCCCAACGGAGUACAGUUGUCCAUGGUUCAGGCACAGCCGCACACUGUAAGUCCAGCUCCAACACCGCUCUCCACUACAGCUGCCACUACAUCUCUGGUUCAAGCGCCACAAAAACAGCCAGCACCGCUGGCACAAGACAAGUUCACACAACAUCUGCUGAAUCAGAACCAGCAAAUCAGAAAGCUCUGUCCGUCUGCAACAUCAGGCAACGUGUUUUCCUACCCACAGAAUCCUGUUAUUGCAGUUCCACAAUCUUUCAGUGCUAGCUUGUCGGCCAAUGCCCAGCCACAAAGAAACACCCAGAUUGCUGCAAUGCAGAACGGUCCCACAUCUCUGCAGGAGGAGUCUCCAACCCCUCCCCAGCCCCAGCAGUUCAUUGUGCAGCAGCAUCCUGUAUUCAGCGGUCCUACCACUAAAUCCAAGGACCCUCCCCGCUAUGAAGAAGCCAUAAAGCAAGCUCGAAAUAAUCCAGCAUCGCAACCAGAGGUAUCUAAUGCACACAGCCAGCAGAUGGAUGACCUGUUUGACAUUCUCAUUAAAAGCGGAGAGAUUUCUCCUCUAAUUAAAGAGCCAUCGCCGAUAUCAAAGAUGAGACCUGUAACUGCCAAUGUGACCACUAUGCCAGUAAACACUGUAGUUUCAAGGCCGCCUCCACAAAUCCACGUUGCACCGCCACUGACUCUAGAGUCAACAAACAGCUUGUCGGUUAGCUUAGAGAGCCAAUUAGAAGCCUUCUUGGAUGGAACUUUACCUUCAGAAAAUAACAUUCCGCACCUCGAAAGCAACAGUGACGACAGAGAAACGUUUUCCCUCAUAGAUGACCUCAACAAUGAUCUCCUCCAAAACUCUGGCAUGCUGGAUCAUGAUUCUGCUCCCAUGGAGACAAGCGACACACCAUUCACAGCCAACAGCUGCUUAUCUCUUGAUCUCGCUGAUGCAAACCUGGACAACAUGGAGUGGCUAGACCUUACCAUGCCCAAUUCUGCCUCUUCACUAACACCCCUAAGCUCUACUCUCCCGAGUAUGUUUUCCACUGACUUCCUGGAUUCCAAUGAUUUACAGUUGCAUUGGGAAUAGGGCUUCACAUGAGGGUUGCGCCUAACAUUUCAUUUGGGUAAUAGGCUUGCGUGUAUAGCUGGAUCUCAGCUUCCCGCACCACAUGGCUAAGAGCUGUGCAGUCGGUCACUGGAGUGUAUGCUCAGAUCUCCGGCCCUUAUCAAACCACUACAGAACGCCAUUGUAGGCAAGACAUUUGUUCUUGAUGGUAGGUCAUAUCUGUAAAAAAAAAACAAAAAAAAAACAAUGAGCAGUUGAAUGAAACAAAAAACUGACAAGGGAACUGUGUAUUUUAAUGUACAAAUAUAUUGCAUAAGAAUGCAUUACAUGAGUAGAAAAGGAAAAAAAUAACUGAAAAAUAUUAAUUUUUGUUUCUAUUGACAAAACUGCACUUGACUGUUACUGUGAGCAGGCUGAGCCAACGUGCAUUCUGAGACAGAGACCACUGGCUGGUUCAGUGCACCUUCACUUGGGAUCGAACUCUGACUAGCAUAUAUAUAUAUAUAUAUAUGUGUGUGAAAAUAACCUGUAUGGCCCUUUCCAGAUCCCUCGUAUCACAGGAUGAUCCUUUGUUCAACCAACAGCAGUAAGAUCCAACGGAAGCUGCUUCCAACAAAGAGUUGUAACAUUAUUCUAUACAGCAGGCUUCUCUCUCUGUAACAUGUUUAUAUUGUAAAGUGGGGUGGGGGGAGUUUUAUUUGGUUGCACAAAUAUAUUUUUAUUUUAUUUCUAUAGGAAAUCAGAAGCUGGAGUCUGUAAAAUUGGAAGCUGUACAGUACAGGGUUUUAUUAAUGUCCUUGUAACUCUUUCUUUUUAUGUGCAUUACAGAGGAAACACACCGAGCAAAAUCGUAUUAACUGCUUCUACUAAAUGAGCCGUGGUUUCAAAAAAUGAGAUGUUGCUGUAGGCUGUAAAUACUACGUAUCGUACUUAUUGCUUUGUCAGGAAGACGAAAAACAUACACACAUAAGGAAUUAUUAAGGAAUUUAUUUUAUACUGAAUGUCUAUUAGCAGUCACUAUAUACCAAGAUUAGUUUGUGUCAUUCCUUAGGAGAAAUGGAAUGGAAAGCAUGCACCACUGUUAUGUCUCCUCUCUCACUUGUACAUAACUGAGUCAUGAUCUCAGCACAAAACUCUAAGUGCUAAUGUGUGUUGAAACAAAUAGCUCAGCUACACCUGUAUGUGUAGUGUUCAACCAUUAAACAAGCCACUUUUUAUUUUUAAGCUCAGCACCUGAAAGAGAAAGCAGGGAGAGAUUUAGAUAGUAGGCAUGUUACUGCUAGCUUUUUUGAACUGAGUAUCUCUAGUUUUCUAUGGGUGUUUGAUCAAAUUAUCCCAUCUUAAACACACUUCUGUCUCUUUAAGGACUCAAAUUGAAAAAAAUGUACAGAGCCUAAUAUAAAUAAUGUAAAUACACAAGUCAAAAACAAUAUGCAUGUACUAUAGAGAGUCAUAAUUUCUUAUACAAGAGUAUAAAGUCCUGUAAGCUUUUUAUUUUUGCUAGUGUUCAAGGACUGAACAUGAACUGUCUUUUGGGUGUGGGUAGGGAAUGCUUAUAGCCAAUAAGCUGCUCUAACACAUGUAAUUACCCUUGUAUCUACAUAUAUACUGACUAAAGAGUAGCAUAUGGGUCUCCUUUCUGGAGUCCUAAUGCCUCCUAAUGUCAGUUCCUGAGACUGCCCAAGUAUUUUGUACUGUAUGUACAUGUGAUCUAACUACUAAAGGGAGAAUGUGGUAGGGAAUGCCAGGAUUCAGUUAAGCAGCAAUCAAGUCAUUAAUCUAUUUGGAAACACAAGGCAAACUGGUCAGCAAGGCCUUAAGACUUGCAUACCCAACUAGUCUGAUGCUACCCAUUGUUUGUACUGUCCUUAGGUCAUUACAAUUUGACAUUGGACACAGUGGUUACAUUUAGGCCUUGGAUCCGUCUCUUCUUUUGGAGACAAAACACUUAUGUAAAUGAAGACACCAUUCCUAAUACUUCCAAUCAGGAUGGCCCUUUGUUCCACCUGAGUUGUGCUAAUCUGCCGUACGCAUCAAGCCUGAUUGGUAAUGUCAUAGAGAACAUUGCACUAAAUAAAUAUUUUAUUUUCCUAGGACUUUAUUUGGCUUCUCUAAAUAUGGAGAAUGUUUUUAUAUAUCUAUGCCAUUAAUCAGCAGCCAGUCUCAAAUUUAAAAGCAAGCUGCACAUUUUUAUAUGUUGUGGCUAAUAUCCAUUUAUCUAAAACAGUGAUGCACAAGUGCAGAUGUAGCACCUGUGUCACUGAAGCCAUUGCCUGGAAACCUACGAAAUAUCUUGAUAAACAGCAAUUGCAACUGCACCUCUCGUGGUCGUAAAUAAAUGUAGUUUUGGGAUUGCUGAACCUAGAAAGCCAAAGUAAACAGCUUCCAAUCCAAAUAUGCAGAAACUAACAUUCUGUGCACACAAACUACCUGCAUAAGCUAAACCCUACUUAUAGGCAGUUACAUCAUCCCAUUAGUAUUAACUCAUUCAUUAUUGAUUGUAAAGUAAAUGGGGAAAUCCCUCAUUGCAUUGUCAAAAAACACCGCUUUGGUGUAAAUAGUUGUGAUUUCUUUCAGUGAUGAAUCCUCUCAGUUACUUUUAAUUUUCUUAUGUUAUACACAUUUUCAUACUCUCCUGACUUAAUGCCCAGAUAUACUAUUUUAAUAUGUCCCCCAUACUGAGAAAAAAAGUAUAUAUAACAGUGAGUCAUGGAGAAAUAGAAGGAAGCUGACAGGACCCACAUACAGGAGCAAUGGAGUUACCACUUAGGGCACAGAUAAGCCACAUUCAGACAACUGGAUGCACUGUUAGAACUUGUAUUAUCCUGGCUGCAUAGCAAAUAUAUUCAGUUCUACAGAAACCUACAUGUUACUUACAGGUAUUGCAAGCUAUUCUUUUAUAUAACUUGCAGCUGUAUCAUAACUACAAGCAAAGACAAAUAUUGAAUGCCCCUUACUUUAAUACCCAUUGAAUGUUUUAUUUUCCCUUCUUACUGUUGUUAGGUGCCUGGCUUCAGCAUUUCCAGGUCAGUCCACUGGAACCUGUGUGUCCUUCAUUACCUUGUCAUUCAUUUCUAUGAGCACCCAUACAAGGAAUAGGUGCUAUAAGAGACCCUGUAACAUGCACACUCCCACAAUCACUAUCAAAAAAUUAUUUCCUGAUGAAGCCUUCAGAGACCAUACGUAUAGAGGAUUGUGGCCCCCCAGAACCUGCUAUACUUUCCUACCCAUAUUUGAAUCAUGUUGUUAAACUGGUAGAUAUUUUGGGAAUGGAAAAGUGGGGCUGUGCUUCUGAGUGUUACGCUGCAAAUAUUAUAAGGCUAGUGAUUUUUGUUGUGACCAAUGUAUUACUAUUUGCAUCUACCUGUAGGUUUCUCUGAACCUACUGGUUCUCAGUUUUCUUAUACUGAUUAUGGGAGUGUGCAUGUUACUGGGUCUCUAAUAGCGCCUAUUCCUUGUAUGGGUGCUAUAAUUAUAAUUUGUAUUUUUUCCUGGUUGCAUCUCUAUGUGAAAGAAACAGAUUUAAGCUGUGCAGACAACCUUAACCUAAUUAAAAUAUUAUUGUCAUUUCUAUGAGCAGCCAUAGUUCUUAGUGGUGUUUGCUGCAAUCUCCUCUUACCAAUGAGCUUUAACUAUUCUGUGACAAAGGGCAGGAAAAUCCAUAUUAGCCAAUGGGGUUGCUGAGGCAGUACAUCAUACAAUAAGCAAAAUAGGAGUUUAGUAGCUGCUACCUGUAGUCACCAGAACAUUGGAAUUGUUAGUUGAUGCAAUUGAACUCAUUUUAAUGUGUUAUUGUACUAUUGGGGUAAUAUAAUGUCACAGACCUUGUGCCAGGUCAAGUAGCCCAUAGAAACCAUUUGCUUUCAAAACAGUGACCAGUAAAGGCUAGUUACUUAUUAGUUAGUGCAAACUUUGAAUUUUAUUUCAUCACCUGUUACCUAUGUCUAAUCUAUACAUGAGUAGGAGCAGCCUUUUUGUUUUUUUAAUGGCAUGCUCCAUAGACCUCAAUAAUCAAAGCUCCAUUUACUGGGCAAAAGUAAAUUUACUUGUUAUACCGAGGUCUAUUCACAUAAGUAACUACAUUCCCAGGUAAUGAAACUCCACAUUUCUGCUGACUUUCUUGGGUUAAGGCAUCAUGACAGCUAGGGAUUAUGGGAGUAGGUUGCCAUAGUCAAGCAAUAUGGCAGGUUCCGCUGACUCAGUGGCCCAAAGAAGCCGUAUGAUUGAGCCACAUCCCUGUAGUAUAUACCUGUAGCUUUUUUUAUGCUUUCCAUUUUAAAAGAAGGAAAGGUUCUCAGCAUUUUAUUUUUUAGCAUGUAUAUAUGCCUUUAUAUUUCACAGGAUGAAAUUAUUUUUUUUUUUUUAGGGGAAAAAGUCACAAUUGAUUGUGUGUUCUGAUGAAAUUGUCCUUUGAAGCCUUAGCUAAAUUACUGAAUUUGCUAGGUUGUUUCUCAUUAUUAUACCUGUCACUUGUAUACUCUGAAUAAUUACCCCUUGUUAUGUUUUAUUUUCCUUCUCUUUUAACUGUGUUGAGUCAAAAGCAAUGGGAUGACCCCAUAGCCCUUUACAAAUGUAUGUGGGCUAUAAAGCCAAAUCUUUUUCAGUAAAUAGUAGAUCGUGUGAAUGUACUUCCCUGGCACGGGUUCUUAGUCCCUGGCCAAGGAACGUUCAUAGGCAGUUACAGUAUCUGACUGUUUAUCUGUUAAUAUAUUAGUCAUGGAGUCUUAAGGUGCUCUGUUUUCCGCUUCUAGAAGUAAAUGUGUGCAGCUUUGAAUUGACUUGUGAUGUAAUGAUCCAUCGCUUCCUUGCCUGCGCUAGGGCCCUAAAACUACGCAUUAGUUGUGCUAUUUCUGUUGGUCAUUCUAGGCAUGCCCGCUAUUUAGUAGCAUCUAGAAGGCUCUUAGGUUGUAUCUAGGAGCAGAAAACCACUGCUAUUGGUCAGUGCUACUUCAGCCGCAGCACUUUGCUUCCAAGCAAUGAAAAGAAGGUUCUCUGAACCAAAAUGGAUACGGUUAUUAUACUUCUAUAAUACGACAAUCUAUGUAUAGGAUGUGUUCAUAGCACACAGGAUAUACCGCACUAUGGUACAUGGCUUGCUAUAAAGAGACAAAGGUUGCUAGAUUUAUUGCCAAAGGAGGCACUUUCAAAGGUUUGUUAUUUAUUCUCAGCCCGUUCCAAAGAGGUUGGUAAAUUUGCCACGAAAGGUUUAUUUAAAGUGCUGAUAUUUUUCUUUAAAAAGAAAGUAAAAACCUAUAUUAAAAGUGGCACGCACAGUGCCUUUCAGACAAAAGCAGUACGCGAGUCCUGUUCGUUGCUUGCAGAAGAGACGAUGUCAGUGGUUCUUUCAUGUUAAUAUUUCUUGGUUUAGUGCUUUUAUCAUCUCGUUUUACAAAGAUAUUAAAGUUCAGCAGCGAGUGUAUAUUUUUUUAACGAUUGAGCACUAGUUUUCCUGCUUGGGGGAUGUCUGGGGUUGCCAUGCAAGCCCAUGUGGUUUGGGGAGGUUGAGCAAAAUGGGUAAGAGAUGAAAUGCUGAUCCGAGCCCAUUGGUGUAUUGCCUUUUUAUGACAUGUAUGAUGCCUUUGUAUUUACAGUUUGCUCCCUGGCAAUCAAUUCCAUAUCAUAAUGUUUGAAUGCCAUAUAUUUUGCACAUUGUAUAUAUGUAAUGCAUACUGUAUUUUUAUAUGUGUAGCACAUUUAUCAUUGGAUAUUUUGUACAUAGUGGCAAUGUUGUAGCUACUGAUAAAUUGUUGAAUAGAAGUAUACAUCCAUUUUUUUUGUGUUCCAGAAUAAAAAAAAAUAUGAAUUUCAUUUGGUUUUUGUCCAAAUAAAAUUGUGUCUUACAGUUUGGAAACAUUUUAAUAACUAGA